AUGUUACCGCCGCCUCUAUUGAGCGUCUAUCGGCAAUAUAAAGAAGACACGGAUGCAGUAGCAUCGUGGCUCGCAGCAACCGCAAGAGCCCACGGUUACCCCGCCAAUCUUCUUACCAACGCGAUCCCAUCGCAGCAACGCCAGGGAGGGCGUCUCAAGGGCAAGGCCCGGAAAACCCAGCAAAAGCCCGAGAAGAAAUCAGCUAAAUUCAAGUAUACUGUUGCCAUCAAAGAUUUUGUUCCCUUGGCUGAAUGGAUCGCCUCGCGCCAGCCCCCCGUCGAGGUCCCCUCAUCGUUCGUUUCGGUCAUCAACCGGGUCAUCGCGGACGAUGACUCAAACCAGCGACACUCGUAUUUUGUUGGCGUGCUCAAAAAGGUUCGAGAUGUUCUCAAGCCAAGAAUGCCAGCAGGUGCCUCCGAACCCACGUCUCGACAGCUUGACGAGCCUGAGAAUCUGAGCAAUAUGUUCUCUGCCCUCACAGUUUACGAACCGUCUGAGGAGGACUUGGAGAGUUUCUUUGUUUCCAUGGCAUCGCCGACGCCCGAGAAACCCGAGCAGGACAUUGUCUACGAGGCCGAGGCUCAGACCUCUAUCGUGGAUGCCAUGUACCCUUACAUGACGAUGUACACCGACCUCGAUCGUAUCAGACACCAGAUUCGCUGGAUUUGGGCCACCUACCAAAUUGGAAUGGUAGACCUAGUGGCAGCCGCCAUUGCAACGAAUUCGGCAAUUGGUCUUGCUAGAAGUCUCAUCGACGACGUUCUCCCGGCCUUGCAGCCCCAUUCGGUUUGGGACGUGGCUCAAACGUUCUACUUCGCAAGCUGUCUGGCGAAAGGAUUCUCGUUCGAUGACAUCUUGGACGCCAAUGGGCGCCCUAGCCCCGAGACCUACGAUGUUCAGGAUGACGUCUACAUGGUGGCUUACAACGUGCUCACGAGUCUACUUCCUGUUCUAAUCACUGAUCUUCCGGUCUACAAGGACGGGUCAUUUGGGACCUAUGACCCAAAGCGCUUUCGUCCCGAUCUGUCCGGACAGGAAAAAAUCCAGGACGACCUGAUUCUUUUGACUGAAAUGUUCACCGAGCUUGUUACCGUUGGCCGUCUCGUCGACGAUUUUCCGGUUCAAGAUGAGCUUAUGCGCGGCAUCAAGGAGAUGGACAAGACCCGUGAGAUAUCUUUCCACCUUGUCUUCUCGGCCCAGGUCUUUCUUGAUAUCCAUCAUGUUCUCCGAUAUGAAGCCGAUCAUCCCUUCCAGCAGUUGAUGAAGCAGUUGGAUUACAUGGAGACAUCUCUGCGACGGCAGAUGGAGUUCCACGAAGGUCUCGAGUUUGAGAAUUGGCCUGCUUCAAACGAACGCGCUUUACAGGGCUGCGUCAGCAGAAUACAAUGGCUCAGCAACGAUCCUGUCUUCAAAGCCAAGCAAAGAGCUGCCGCGCGUCAGAACAUGACAGUAGAAGAAACGCUUAAUCGGCAUCGGAUGUUGCGCCAUUCACCCGUGCUCGCUGGCUUGAUGCUGUUCCAGUUCCGCGGUUUAGUCUACGACAUUGGGAUCGCCGCCGCAAAUUUAUUUGGCUCCAUCUCGUACACCUGGCACCUGUAUAAUGCAACACGUCGCGAAAAACUCUUGCCAACGCGUUGGGAUGAUAUGGAUGUCUUAUACAGCACUCUCGGGUCCUCGAAUUUUCAUGUCGGGGACGCUCCAAAGCAUGCAAAUGAGUAUUUGGUGAGGUACUGCCUCCAGAUGGGCGUUUCAGUAGCUUUUUUCGCGAACAAGAAACAACGCGGCCGGAGCAUCAAGCUACAAGUGUCCCGCGCAGGCCCUCGCCGGUUCAAAGACGGUGCCCCAGUCUCGAAAAUGUUCACGGACCGGUACGUAUGGAAGACGGCGGCGCAAUUUGACUGGACCGCAGAGCAUCUCUAUCAGAUCAUUUCAUGUGGAAGGUGGCAAGCUGAAGAUCCAACCAAGGACAUUCCAACCUUCAUGAUAGCCAUUGACGACCCGGAGGCAAAUGAGACGCUUGAAUUCGCGUUUCCUUAUCUGGAGAUGCAUCGUCAUUGCUGGGGGCUCCUGCGACGGGUAAAGAAAGCCUGCGAGCCGCUUCUUCUCCAGUCGUAUGGCCCAAACUAUAUCCCACACGAGGGCCACCUUCCCCAGGUUGUUGGCUAUGCAUUCUGGCUGGCGGCUGCAGGAUCGGUGGAAGGACAUGCUAAAGUCCAAGACAUGCGGCUGCUUGAGAUAGCUGCGCGGGAGAUCCACGAGCUUCUGGAUGUAACUGGUUCGAAUGCCAUGAUAGAAAUCAUGCGUGAAAAUAUGGGUUUGUGGCUGGAGAUCAAGACGGAGAGGGAGGAUGGUGGAGCUGAAGGCUCUGAAAGGCGGGUGAUUACGUUUUAGAUGGGGAUUCUAGAACUGAGAACUGUGGUGAGAGAAUGGGAGGUCGGGGAGGAUAUACCCAGAUGUGCAAAGGAAGAGGUCAAUGCUUGAUCUCAUCCCAGGCUUCUUGAUGUUCGGCUAUACUUGGUAAGUAUUCUCUGGGAGAUAAGGGUUUCUGACAGGUAUGUAGAGCAAGACCCGAGCCAGCCAGGCAUAAUAUAUGCCUUGCCAAUCUCAUGCGACAGAGGUUGUCAGAUAUCUCGGACAAGUAAUCACCCACGCGGGACCUUUCAUUUAGCAGAGAUAUCACUUGGGAGGUUCUAGCUGAUUCGACAACGCUUCCCAUCUUAAGAGAUCUCGGUGGUUUCAAUCUCC